CUGUUAUUCUCCCCAGUAAAUCUCUUGUGAAGUUUGUUGUGUCAUGUGACUUUGUAUUUCUUGGCUCCUGACUGCCAAGAUGCCCUUGCACCAGAAAACCGCUUCCAUUGGUGUCGUGACAUGGAUAGGCUCUUCUAGUGUCGAUGCUCCCCCUCGGUGCCUGGGCUGCACAGGGACCCUAUUCCUCAUGUCCAGUCUAUCUGCAGCACACUCAACUUCUGGAUCCCUGAUUGCUCAGCAUCUCAUCCACCAUCAAAAAUUUGGUGAUAUUCUCUAGUCAAGAUGUCUUCAGCACCUGAGCCUCCAACAGUAAAGAAAGAGCCACCAAAAGAGAGGAACUUUGAAAACCCAGGCCUCCGAGGGACGCACACAACCACCUUAUUUCGAGCUGUGAAUCCUGAGCUCUUCAUUAAACCUAACAAACCUGUAAUGGCCUUUGGAUUGGUAGCCCUUUCACUUUGUGUGGCGUAUAUUGGUUAUCUGCAUGCAACACAAGAGAACAAAAAGGACCUCUAUGAAGCUGUUGAUAGUGAAGGGCAUCGUUACAUGAGGAGAAAAACAUCUAAAUGGGAUUAAAGUGUUGGUUCCUUCAGAUGGAGCCUCAUUACAGGCUCCAAAAUCUUCAAAUGGAAGACUUUAUGAUAGAGUAUGGAAUUAUGCUAACUGUUUCUUGUUCCACAAUCUGUUAACAAGAGAGAAUAUACAGUUGGAAACAGUCCACUGUAGUAAAUUUAGUUACAGCUGCAGCUAUUAUCUCAUUCUUUUCCCACAAAAGAUUUCUCAAUAUUUCUUCUAUGAAAAUGCCAUAAGAAUGGAAGUCUUUUUUUGUUAAAUUCUGUAUAUAAAAAAAAGUAACCAGUACUGUUAAAUUCACAUGGAGUUUCUAAUGUGUUAAGGUGAAUUACACCUUUGCAUCCAUAUUUUGCUGUUUAAUAGAGAAGAUACCUCCUUCAGAUACUAAAAUCAUAACUAAAUGGAAGAAUAAAACAAAGUAAUUGGA